GUUUUAAUGAUCUAAAGUGAAUGAGGAAGUAUUGGUCCAUCAAAAUAGAGAGGUUAAAAUAUAAAGAAUUCUGUUUAUUUAAGUGAAUGUCAACACAAAAUUUUAGAUGGAAACUUGUGUUUCAACUGCAUUGAGCAUCUUGAGAAAAUAACAAGACUCAUUCACUAAAAGAAGAAUGUUUCCUGAGUGUUGACACUGACCGAUAGGACAUGUACACAUGUUGAAACUGACCGAUAUGGCAUGUACACAUGUUUAAUCUGACCGAUAUGACAUUUAAACUUGUUGAAACCGACCGAUAUGACAUUUACAUAUGAUAAAAUGGGCCUGCAAUAAAACUGACAACAACAAGGAAAUCAUUCAGCAGUGUGUGCAGAUCACUUCCUGAUGAGAUGGAACCCUGUAACAACUGAAAGUGAAAACUGUGAAAAGAGAUGGCUCCUACCACAAGCAUUGUGUGUCUGCCUGACAUCUGUGAGCAGGUGUCAGGCUCCCUGUCAAUGGACUUCCUGCUUCCCAAUGGCAUUUUUAUCCAGCUGGCUGUGGACCUCAACAAACCACUUGACUACUUAAAACUGAUUAUCUGGGACCAAGCAAAGAAACUGCCAUUAUACAACAAGCUGAUGGGGAAGGAGCGCUACAUCUUUGAGUAUCUUAACAGAGACGGGGAACGGGAAGAAGUUACAGAUGAAAGCCUCCGACUGAGUGAGAUUCGACCUAUAGGUCGGUUUCUACGGUUACAGGAGCGCAAAGAUGAGGGAGACAAAAACACACUCGAUAAACAGAUCUCCUUACUCCUGGGGAAUAAAAACUUGAUGGAAAUGCACGCCAUCCCUCGGGCAGAGGUGGAUGACUUCCGCAAGAAGAUAUUACUGUUUGCUUCCCGUGUACCUAGAAACAAGUCCGCCUUUGAGAAAAGGUUCCCCCUACAACUACGCAGCUCUGACACGAUACCUGAUGAUAUCAGAAACAGGUUGAACAACGGCUACCUUGUGGUCUCCGUUCAGAUAGAGGAAGUCAGCAUCAAGUUUCACCUCCAAUGUCACAUCGAGGAGAGCCCUGAGCUGAUCAUCGACAAUGCGAUACACAAGUGGCACAACCGACGUGUACGAAACUCCUAUGACUAUAUUCUCAAGGUCGUAGGACAGGAGGAGUACCUCUAUGGCAAGAGUGCCAUACACAACUUCAAAUACAUAUACAAUUGUAUCCAGAAGAAUGUGGCACCUCAGUUCUGGCUUAUCAGUAAAAAGGCUGUGUGGUCAGAUGAGGCCCCCAAUCGUCCAGCACCCUCUCUGCCCAAACCACCACGCCCCCACCCUUCAUUGACUGGACACAGUGACAUCCUCGUGUGGGACAUUGACCAGAAUUUUGAGGUGAAGGUCAACAGUAUAACGAACAUUGAGAUUACAUCAGUGCCUAUCAGGGACAGUAUUGAUAAGGUUAAACUUUUUGUUGGCCUAUACCAUGGUAACGAGGUGCUAGGUAACGUCAUGUCUACAGGGGAGAUGCCCGUUGUCCAUGGCAACUGUGAGGUUAACAUGCCCCUGACCUUUGAACUGGCUGUCAAGGAUAUGCAGACGGCCAGCAGACUCUGCGUCACACUACAUGGAAGAAUGAGAGGGACUAAGGGUCUGAAUCCCAUAGCGUGGGUAAACCUCCCAGUGUUUGACUUCCGAUCUCGACUGCUGCUUGGAGAACAGACUCUGGCCAUGUGGCCUGUCACUGCCGAGCUACAGCUGGAGGAGACUGGCUGCUACCCUCUUGGCAGUGUAUCCCUGAACCCCCAUGGCACAAUGACCCUGACUGUUAAUUUUUCGGACUACAACAGAAGCCCUCCAAUAGUCUUUCCACCUGAUAACAAGAUUAUGGACUGUGCUGCAGAUAACAUGGAGCCGUCCGGCACGCAGGGAGCUCCAUUCCAAAGGGCAGCCAAGGACUGGAGGUUACCAGCCCGUCUCCAGUCCCAGCUGGCGACUAUUCUAGAAUCCCGGCAGUGGGAAACACUACACGAGCAGGAUAAGGAUCUGGUCUGGCUGAGUAGACUUGAGAUACGGGAGAAAUACUCUGACUGUCUGCCACUUGUGCUGCGAUCCGUGAAGUGGGCCAACCAUGCUGAUGUUGCAAAAAUGCAGGUAUUAUUGAGUACUUGGCCCCAGAAGAUCCCGGUAGACUCUGCUCUUGAGUUACUGGACUUCAACUUUCCUGACAAGAACGUCCGCAAGUACGCUGUUGACUGUCUGCAGGAACUCAGGGAUGAUGAAGUGAUGUUGUAUCUACUACAGCUGGUGCAGGCCUUGAAAUACGAGAACUACCUUUACUGUCCCCUGGCCGAGUUUCUCCUCCAAAGGGCACUCUCCAACCAACACAUUGGACACAAACUCUUCUGGUUACUUAAGUCAGAGCUACAUAAUCCUACAGUAACUGUAAGAUUCGGACUUUUGUUGGAGGCGUACCUCAAGAUGAGUCCUGACCAUCUGUAUGUGUUGACACAGCAGAUAGAGGCCCUCUGCAAACUCAACGCCCUUAGUCAGAUUGUACUUAGGGAACAGUUAAAGAACUACAAGAACAUGCGGGACAUUCUGAUGCAGAAGUCGUUCCAGGAGAAGCUCUCCAACAUCCUUAGUCCACUAUCACCUCUCUACAAACUCAAAGAACUGAGGCUGGACCAGUGUAAGUUUAUGGAUUCCAAAAAGCGGCCGCUGUACCUGGUGUGGACGAACGCUGACUCUGAAGGCCAAGAGAUACACAUCAUAUACAAGAGUGGCGAUGACCUGCGUCAGGACAUGUUGACCUUGCAGAUGUUGGAGGUGAUGGACAGUAUCUGGCAAGCCGAGGGGCUGGAUCUCCGAAUCAAUGCUUAUGGGUGUGUAGCUACUGGUAUGGAGCAGGGUAUGAUCGAGGUUGUCCGCAACUCGAAGACACUGGCUGCCAUCCAGAAAGAGAGCUCCAGCAAAAGUGCCUUUGAUAAGAAGAGUCUGUGGGAGUGGCUUGAACAAAAACAUAAGGACCCUGGCCAAUUAGAGAUGGCAGUUGAAGAGUUCCUUCUCUCAUGUGCUGGCUACACUGUGGCUACCUACAUCCUAGGAGUAGGGGAUAGACACAAUGAUAAUAUUAUGCUCAAAGAAAAUGGCCAGCUGUUCCACAUAGACUUUGGGCACUUUCUGGGCAACUUCAAGUCCAAGCUGGGCGUGAAGAGGGAGAGAGUGCCCGUGGUACUGACCACUCACUUCGAAUACAUCAUCACCAAGGGAGACAAGGAUAAAGAAAACUACACCAGGUUUAAGAAGAUGUGCACUGAAGCGUACCUAGCGCUCCGUCGACGAGGGCACCUGUUGAUCCGUCUCUUCAUGAUGAUGCUCAAUUCAGGGAUUCCCCAGCUGUCAUCCAUCAGUGACCUUGAUUAUAUCAAGAAGGAGACACUUGUCCUUCACCUCACCGAGCAGGAAGCCAUAAAACACUUUCAGAAAAAGCUUGAGGACUCUCUCAAAUCAUUGUCCACAAAGUUUAAUUGGAUGAUUCAUAACAUGGCUCAUGCAAAAUGAUUGCAGAGUGGAACUAUUCUGCAGCGUGUGAAACAGGCUACACUAUAUAGAGACAAUUGAUAAUCUGGGGACAUAUUCUAUAUAAUUCUUGUCCGUAUCCUUAGACACUCCAUACACCAGUUAUUUUUAAAGUCCAAGUAAAAGACUUAGAUUCUAAUAUUACAAUUAAGUUAAAUCUCAGGUGGUCAUUGAAUACAGCUCCUGGGGCAGUCUCCUUGUUCUUAAACAUGCAUCAGUGAUCCAGUUGGUAAAUGUGAAAAAGUGCAUUUCCUUAAACAGUUAUCCAUAUCUUGUGCAGUGCAAUAUUAAUUUGAUGCAUGCGAAGAUGAAAUCGGAUCAAAUGCCCAUCAGAGAUUAUAUGUAUGUUGUACCACUCGCUGACUUAUAUAAUGAUCUGUUUCUCUGUAAGCUAAGAAGCUAAACUUAUGUCAAUUAUAUCAUUUUGGUAGACUAGUUCAUUAAAGAUAUUUAUUUGCUUUUUUUAUAAGAAAGAAUUUUGUACCUUCUUUCUGCAUACAAUUCAUAUGCAUAUUUUAUAUUAUCAAUUUCAGCUCAUCUUUUUAUUAAAAAAAAAUUGUUAGGGUAUUGUGCAAAAGCUUUAACCUUGACCAUAACUCAAAAAAAUUGAAUGAACCUUGGUCCACAUGUUGCCAAAGAUGAUGUGCACAAAUAUAGGGCCUGGGGAAAUUAUGCCCUUUUUUAAUGGGCUAAGACAUAGGGAGUUGGUGGUUGCUCUACGUUUCUCAUGUUGGCAUCAUUGUGCACUAUAUACAUGUACAUAUUCUGUCUGCAUAUUACCUUCGAUCUCUAUAAGCUUUUUAUGAUGUAUUUUUUUUUUAUAAGAAAUAUUGCCAUUUUUGUUGAUUAAAUAUUUAUGUCAAUUUGAUUUAUUGUUGAUGGGCCGCUUUUAGUUAAGGUGCCAUAUUUAUUAAUGUUAUUCCAUAACGUUGUUCUAUGUUCCUGUAUUGUUUUUUAUAGUAUAUUUCCUUGUUGUAGAUAUUUUUGUUGGAAAUUAUUGCCAUAUUUCAUAAUUUACAAAAUGUAUGCUAAUACCAAAUAAUCAGUGUUUUGAUUAUGAUAAUAUUUAUAAUGUUGGGAAAUCAACAACUUUAUAUUUGGACAUAAAGAAUGGUUUGUUUCCAGUUUCCCUACCAACCCUUCUUUUGUUCCCGCUGACCAUAGCUGGGUGCUGUGUAAUUGGAAACUAAUUAUUUUUUAUGAACAAAAUAUCAGAUAACAUUCCACUGUCAUAAUAGAAUAUAUUUUAACUGUUUAGAAAUGCAUUUUCAUUGAGGUUUCUUUUCACAGUAUUUUUAUUUCAGCAUUUAAAAUGACACUGUUGCUCUUAAAAGAUAGAACUGUUGGAGUUUUCUUUUUAAACUGCAUUAGGCAAAACCAAAUUGAUUCUAUGUUAAGGGUCGGGUCCCAAUUUCAAAAGCUACAUACCAGGAUGAACAAAUGUUAAGGAGAAAGGCAAGCAUAUUAUACUGAAUUGGGCCGCUCUCAUGAUAAUCAAUUCAGCAGGCGCUCCAAAAACCAAUGUUAAACUUUAAAAAAAGCUUAACACCAGCAUGUUCAUAAAUUACAAAAUGUAAUUUCUUUUUAUUGUUAAUUGUAUACAUCUUACCCAUUUUCAUUAUAAAAUAAUCAUCAAAAUUUUGUUAUUGCAAUAGUCUGAUUUUUGAAAAACAUUUUUUAAGACCAAAACCUGCAUGUUCCAGGCAGAUGAAAUGAAACAUAGAAUCAAAUUGUUAUGGCCUGAACUGUUUUCUUUAAUACAUGUUCUGAUAUGUACUUACCUUUAUUUUGAAAUCAAUUAAACGCUUACGUCUAUUGUUUUAUAUUAUUUUACUAUAUUUGAGCCAUAACUCAAGUACACUGCUAAGCUUUCGCUUUUUGUGAGAAAAUACAUGUAGGGUUAGUAAUGUCAUAACUAUGGCACCCAGACCCAGGUUAUUGGACUUCUACACAAAUGCUUCAGCCCGAGUGUAUAACUUCAAUGAGGAAGGUAGUGUGUGACCUAACUGUUAUGUAGCAUGUUGUACAGUCAAUCUCCAGUGACUUGUUAUCAUUCCAGUAUGGGAAUUCAUGUACUGAUGAAAACAAAGAAAACUCUCUCAGUUAUAGUACAAUGAACUGUUUCUGUCAUUCACCACAGUUCAUUGUUCGAACAAACAGUCAGCAUUUGUGGCUCUGUCACAUAAAAUAUAUUUUGUUAAGUUUGAUAUUUACUAUAAAACCAUGCUUUGUAUGUAAUAAAAAUAUUUAAUAUGA